AUCAAGAAGAAGAAGUCGGAAGCGUUGUUGUGGUCGUGAGUGGACGCUGCGGAGCGCGGACUCGUUGCCGUGCCUCGUCUACAGUUGGCCAAUGAGAACAGUCGCUGUCCUUGGAGGAGGGAUCGGGGGUUUGGCUGCAUCCUACUACCUGUGCAAGAGCCCCCAGGUUACCAAGGUCAUUCUUCUAGAGGCAAGCAGUCGUUUUGGAGGUUGGCUGUGGUCCACUCGCAGAUCAGAUGGAGCAGUGUUUGAACACGGACCCAGAGGGAUCCGACCUGCAGGGGCAGUGGGAUCCAACACGCUCAAUAUGGUGGAUGAUUUGGGUCUUGCAGAGGAGAUUUUGCCGGUCAGCUACAGCCACGUUGCCUCCAGAAACAGAUACCUGUAUGUUAAUGGUCAGCUGCACAAGAUGCCGUCAGGAAUCAGGCCGGCAAAAACUCACAGACUGAAAUUAGCAGACAUAGCUGUGGACAGCUUGUGUCGGGGUGUAUUUGCAGGGGACUGCAGGAAGUUGAGUGUGCGCUCUUGUUUUCCUGUCCUCUACAACGCAGAGCAGCACAGAGGUUCCAUCGUCCUGGGGAUGCUGCUGGGCUCAGGUGAGGCUCAGGUGAUUUCCCGCGGCCCUCUGGCUAAAAGAUCUAAGAAAGAGUCGUGGGCCCAGUGGUCGUUGAAGAGGGGCAUGCAGUCGUUUCCAGAAGCCAUUGCAGAGAACCUACAACAGAGUGGGAGAGUGCAACUUCACAAAGAGGCUGUUGUUAAACAGAUUGAUCCUUCAGCCUCUGGUUGGCAGGUCCAUUUGGAGGAUGGAGUCGUAUCAGCCGACCACAUCAUCUCUGCACUGCCGGCUAAAGCUCUUUCUUCAGUGCUGCCCCGCUCCUGCCAACCUCUUACCCAGCAGCUGCAGGACAUCUCCUCAGUAACAGUAGCUGUGGUCAAUCUGGAGUAUGACGGCGCCAUCUUGCCUGUAAUGGGUUUUGGUCACCUCGUCCCGUCAUCAGAGGAUCGAGGGUUGCUCGGGGUGGUCUACGACUCUGUCCCCUUCCCUCAGCACAACAGACCCGAUGGACAGACGACUAGACUGACGCUUCAACAGGACUGCAUACCUCAGUAUUAUGAAGGACACUUUCAGAGAGUCGAGUCCAUGCGCGGCUUCAUAAGGAACAAUAACCUAGCCCUGUCUUUGACUGGUUCCUGUUACGAUGGUGUGUCGGUGAAUGAUGUCAUCUUCAGUGGACGGACAGCUGUGGAGGAGUUGUUGGGAACUGUAGUAUGAUGAAGCUGGUUGCUAUGAAUCAUGGGAUUCAUGUGCGCUUGAAUCUUCUACCACCUGUAAUGCCUUGAAUCAUCCAGACAUUGUGUGGAAAAAGUGCGCUCACUGAUGUCAGCUGCAGCGGUUUGAAUCUAAGAUGCAUCUUAAACUUUAUAUUUUUGCCUGUAUGACUCGAGAUUGUGUUAACACGCCUGAAUGUCACUGCGGAGCUGCUUCACAUUGUGCCAUCUUUGUUCCCAUUGUUUUGUUUUUAUUGGUCUGUGGCGACAGAUAUGAGAACGUUUCACUUUAAAUGGCCAACUUGCCUCCUGACAUGAUUUGCAGUUUAAGAUCUUUGUUUCUGUUUUUGUUUCAUUGCAUUUACUUUGAAUGUAAUUGCUGAUAAAGAUAAGCUGAUAUAACCUGCACAUGCUGUCAUAAAGCUCUUCCCUCAAAAA